UUCCUAUCUGUCUAUCUAUUCUACGGACCCUGCACAUACUUCUCCAUGACACCUCAUCAUCAUCUCGUUUCUCCGGUUCAAUAACAAAAUGGCGGCCGGACCGGACUUCGACCUGCCCGAACCGGUCCUGGCGGUCCUCCCAUCCGACCCCUUCGAGCAGCUGGACGUAGCCCGCAAAAUCACUUCCAUCGCUCUCGCGACACGUGUCUCCAAGCUUGAGUCCGAGUCCUCCAGGCUGCGCCAGAAAAUCGCCGAGAAGGAGGACCUCAUCGCCGAGUUGCAGGCUCAGAUCCACGCCCUCGACGCUUCGCUCGCCGACGCCUCCGACAAACUCUCCCGAGCCGAAGAGGAGAAGGAAAAUCUCUUGAACGAGAAUUCCUCGCUUUCCGGCACUGUCAAGAAGCUUACCAGAGAUGUUUCCAAGUUGGAAGUAUUCAGGAAAACACUCAUGCAGUCACUUCAAGAGGAUGACGAAAAUUCUCAUGCAGGAGGUACCCAUGCUGUUGCCAAGCAGAGAACUGCUAGUUUUCCAUCUGGGUCUGCCCUCAGAGAGGAGGAUGCCACACCGCCCCCUUUAAAUUUGUCUUCGGCGCAGACUCAGUUCUCUGAAACGGGUUCAUAUUCAGAAGAUAGUGGCUCAGUCGAGAUGGAUAAUAUGCAGAUUCCAUCCUCGAGGCAUGGCACAUCACAUGGUUUUGUGUUAGCAUCCCAAACUAGCACACCAAGGCUAACACCUCCAGAUUCCCCGACAAGGCUUUCUGCAUCUGCAUCACCAACACGAUGGCAUUCAAUGUCAUUUUCGUCUUCGAGGAGCAUGUUCGAUGAUAGGUCUUCGAUAUUUUCUUCAGUGCCCUCAAGCCAUCACAGUUCAAUGUCAGGCUCUCUCGACGCUGCAUCCCAAACUGCACGGGGUCGAAUUGACGGGAAGGAGUUCUUUCGCCAAGUCCGGAGCCGUUUAUCUUACGAGCAGUUCGGUGCGUUUCUAGCCAAUGUCAAAGAAUUGAAUUCACACAAGCAAUCAAGAGAGGAAACUCUACGAAAGGCCGAUGAGAUUUUCGGUCCGGACAAUAAGGACCUUUAUGCCAUAUUCGAGGGGUUGAUCACCCGUAACGUCCAUUGAGAUGCCAGCCCAUGUAAUAUAUUUGUUUCAGUAAGUACCAAAUCUAUGACUAUUGGUUUCUUUUCCAAGUUUUCGCUGUAAAUUGGAAUCGCGAUUUGAAUAUCAUCAUCCCAUUCUAUG